AAGAUAAUUUAUAUUUUAUUUUAUUAAAUGUUUCUAUAAACUCCAGAGAUAAACAGAAUAAAUAUAUUUAAAACUCCAUAAAAAAUAAUAAUAAAAAAGGUGAAAAAUUGAACGAUGAGGACACCCUGUUGGAUAGGCUGCAGUUACAUUUUCGUCCAGCAGGGGGCCUAGCAGGAAAAAAUGUGGAAAGAAAGAAUGAAUCCAGGAUCUGAGUCAGCAGCCGCUGCGGUACGAGUCCGCUGCUCCUCAACUUCCUGGGAUCUUCUCCAACUCCAAGAAGACUUUUAUAGACACUCGUUUUAGAGUGCCUCAAGAACCGUGUUUUUGGAAGAAGACUCGAAGCAGGAGAAAGGAAGAAGAGGGGGAGGAGACCACCAGGUUUCUAGGUAACAUCUCUUUGACGAAAACAUUGCGUUUUAAAGUUCCCCUGCUCACCUCGAAGAGCGUUUUUGUCUGAGAGGUGUGCUGACUGCAGGGUGAGCGACUGUUUUCCUCUAGGCUCCAUGUCUAUCAGAGUAUCCUCCAUGAGUGUUCUUCCUCCGGUCCGCCGGGACCGAAUCAUCGCUCAUCUUCCUCAGCCCUUCAGACAGGAAGCAGCUCUGCACAUUACAAAUGAUUUUAACAACAAGGUGAAAACGGCGUGCCAGGAGCAGCGCACCGGCACUGUCGGCAGAUUUAAAAUUUCAAAGGUCAUCGUGGUUGGGGAUCUGGCUGUGGGGAAAACUUGUCUGAUUAAUAGGUUCUGCAAGGAUGCUUUCGAUAAGAACUACAAGGCGACCAUCGGUGUGGACUUUGAGAUGGAGCGCUUCGAGGUGCUGGGUGUUCCUUUCAGCCUGCAGCUGUGGGACACAGCCGGUCAGGAGAGGUUCAAGUGCAUCGCUUCUACCUACUACAGAGGGGCUCAGGUUGUAGUGAUUGUAUUUGACCUUAACGACAUUGCCUCUUUGGGACAUUCAAGGCAGUGGCUUGAAGACGCCUUGAAAGAGAACGACCCCACCAGUGUUCAGCUGUUCCUCGUCGGCACAAAGAAAGACUUGAGCUCUCCAGCUCAGUAUUCUCAGAUCGAACAAGAUGCCCUCAGACUGGCAAAGGAGAUCCAUGCAGAGUACUGGGCUGUUUCGUCACUGACAGGGGAAAACGUGAGGGAGUUUUUCUUCCGGCUGGCCUCUCUGGCCUUUGAGACGAAUGUCCUCGCUGAGUUGGAGAAAAGUGGAUCCAGACAAAUUGGAGACGUUGUCCGAAUCAACAGCACUUCAAGCAAUCUGUAUGCUUCAUCCAAAAAGAAACAGCCCAACUGCUGUCAGUGAGGAUGUCUGCUGGAAUGUGUGGAGACUGAAAAAUGAGGCCUUCUUUUAUUCUUCAGCUGGGAGGACCGCGGCUGCUGUCCAGCUCAGAGGGGAACAUUUUUGUGGCUGCCGGGCAUAUAUGAAGUCACUUUUUUCCAGGCUUUGGGAGUAUUUCCUUCAUGGGAAGGAUUUGAUUUGUUGUGUCAGCUACUCACACAAGAUUAUUAAAAGUGACUGUAGGUACUACCUUUGCUGACAGCUUAGCUUGAAUAGAUUUAUUGUUUUUUACAGUCAGUAUUUUUCUUCAUGUGUAUUCUGAAAGUCUUACAUAAGUGCUUUUUUAGGGAGUUAACAAAGGCAGUAAUUUACCCCAAAUAUUUUUACAGGUUAUUAUUUAGUAGCAUGAAAUCCAAGUAAACAAUAAGUUGUCAUUUUUUAGCUUUCAUAUUUAUCUAAAGGCAUAAACUGAGACACUUUUUCCUGUACUUUUUAUAUGCAAUUAACCCAGACUGAACUUUUUUUUUUGUCAUUGUAGUAGUGUGUGUUUGUGGAUGUUGAUGUUUACUAUUUACUGCCUCUGAAAUAUGAUUUAUUUUGUCCAAGAGGUAUUACAGGAGAAAAAAGUGAAUGAUUACAAACCGGUAGUUAUUAAAAGCUCCUAAAUGGA